GCCUAUUUCAAGGCAAUUUAGAAGUGCUUAAAUUACACGAGUUCCACGAUGGCUGUCAAGAUGAGGAACAAAAUACUACAGAUUUGUGUAUUAAUUUCAUUGGUUUCAGCGAAUCCUCUGAAAAAAUCUAAACAUGAGACUGAAUGGGAAGAUAACCACUGUCAUUUCCCGCCAGGAAAUUUGUAUAUUGAGGAUGGUACAAGUUUGAGAAAAUGUUUAAAUGAAGAACUUAAGAACCAAACGAUCAGCGCACUGUCACUGUGUAAAUUCUUCUUUCAGGCCGUGAAUAAUCACACUUGUAAAUCAAAAGUAUUUACUGGUAGUAUUUCAGAAAUCCUCGAAAAAGCAAACGCUGAUGCAAUAGAACAGUAUUGUAAUGGAUCACUAAAAUCCAGUUUCCCAAAGGACUGCCAAAAAACUUGUACAAAGGACAAAUUUUCAACAGAAAUGUGUACAUUGAUAUAUUUGGCAAACAACAUAACUGCUGCAAUUCAAAAUGCUGAUCCAUCUGACAAUCGGAAAGGAAGUCAGGAAAAUGGACAAGAUGGUGGAGCUUCAAGCACAGACAAAAACAAAAAAGGCCAGAAAACUGCACAAGAUGGUGGAGCUUCAAACACUGGCAAAAACGGAUCAGGUCAGGAAACUACACAAGAUGGUGGAGCUUCAAACACUGGCAAAAACGGAACAGGUCAGGAAACUGCACAAGAUGUAGGAGCUUCUAACACUGGCAAAAACGGAACAGGUCAGCAAACUGCACAAGAUGGUGGAGCUUCUGACACUGGCAAAAACGGAACAGGUCAGGAAACUGCACAAGAUGGUGGAGCUUCUAACACUGGCAAAAAAGGAACAGGUCAGGAAACUGCACAAGAUGGUGGAGCUUCAAACACUGGCAAAAACGGAACAGGUCAGGAAACUGCACAAGAUGGUGGAGCUUCAAACACUGGCAAAAAAGGAACAGAUCAGAAAACUGCACAAGAUGGUGGAGCUUCUAACACUGGCAAAAAAGGAACAGGUCAGGAAACUGCACAAGAUGGUGGAGCUUCAAACACUGGCAAAAACGGAUCAGGUCAGGAAACUACACAAGAUGGUGGAGCUUCAAACACUGGCAAAAAAGGAACAGGUCAGGAAACUGCACAAGACGGUGGAGCUUCAAACACUGGCAAAAACGGAACAGGUCAGGAAACUACACAAGACGGUGGAGCUUCAAACACUGGCAAAAACGGAUCAGGUCAGGAAACUGCACAAGAUGGUGGAGCUUCUAACACUGGCAAAAACGGAUCAGGUCACGAAACUGCACAAGGUGGUGGAACUUCAAACACUGGCAAAAAAGGAACAGGUCAGGAAACUGCACAAGACGGUGGAGCUUCAAACACUGGCAAAAACGGAACAGGUCAGGAAACUGCACAAGAUGGUGGAGCUUCAAACACUGGCAAAAACGGAUCAGGUCAGGAAACUGCACAAGAUGGUGGAGCUUCUAACACUGGCAAAAACGGAUCAGGUCAGCAAACUGCACAAGAUGGUGGAGCUUCUAACACUGGCAAAAACGGAUCAGGUCAGCAAACUGCACAAGAUGGUGGAGCUUCUAACACUGGCAAAAACGGAUCAGGUCAGGAAACUGCACAAGAUGGUGGAGCUUCUAACACUGGCAAAAACGGAUCAGGUCAGCAAACUGCACAAGAUGGUGGAGCUUCUAACACUGGCAAAAACGGAUCAGGUCAGCAAACUGCACAAGAUGGUGGAGCUUCAAACACUGGCAAAAACGGAUCAGGUCAGGAAACUGCACAAGAUGGUGAAGCUUCAAACACUGGCAAAAACGGAUCAGGUCAGGAAACUGCACAAGAUGGUGGAACUUCAAACACUGGCAAAAACGGAUCAGGUCAGGAAACUGCACAAGAUGGUGGAGCUUCAAACACUGGCAAAAAUGGAAAUGGUAUAAAAGAUUUCUCCUCCCUAAAUCCGGAGUCGGAACCUGAAGGUCAUUUUAUGGCUUACUUUCUGACUGCAGUGGUUUUGUGUGUGGCAGGUUAUGUUAUUUUCCACAACAAGCAAAAGAUUGUGGCCUUCAUAGUUGAAGGUCGAAGUGGCCAUAGAUCUUCACGUAGGUCAAGUAAAGUCGCCUACAGCAAACUCAAGCCGAGUGUUGAUGAUGUCAUGCCUUCUCUGGAAAAAUCAACCAAAUCAACCAGUUACGUAUACUGAACCAGGAAAAGCAAUUUGUGUGGUGAUAGACUUGUUCCUCAGCAAUGAAAUUUUACAAGUGCUAAAAAUAUAAUGUGUUGAUUUGUUGGGGGUUAGUGGGUUGCUGGUUUUUUGGGGGGUUGUUUUUUUUUUUUAAAGUUUCAAUUUCAUAGUUCUUACUGAUGAAUAAGUUGUAGUUAAAUUAUUUUUUUCUGCUCGACUGUGAUACAAAUUAGGAAAAACAGUAGAUGUUUAUAGCUGAAAUGUUUCAUGAUCGAAAGCUAGAGACACAUUCCAUACAUUUUGUUCACAUUCAUGUUUUUGUACAAUAAGAAACGAUCACACUAGACAAGGCAAGUAACAUGCUCUUUCAAUUGUUGUAUUGAAUAUAUAUAAACUAGCAAAUCAAAGGUCAUGUUCUGUUGCAUAGAAAAUGAUCCACUGAGUUAUCUAUCUUAGUAUGAUGUACUGAGUUGUUUAGCUGAGUAAAUCAUCUGAGAUUAAAUCAUCUGAGAUUUAAGAAUAAGAAAAUUGAAUGAGGAUGUUUCUUGCUGAGUAUAGGUACCUAGCAACUUGUUCAAGGAUUGGAAUGUGUUGACUAUUGUUAUAUUGUUCAUGUAUAUUUAUUUGUUUGUAAUUAUUCACAAAAAAUCUUAAGAUUUUUUUCACUAUACUUGAAAUUUUUUGUUAAUUGAUACAAAUUUUCUGUGAGAUAAAAAUGUAAAUAGUUAAGUUGAAUUUAAAAGUAUUCAUUAAGUAUGAAAGUUAAUCGGACGUUGAUCAUUCCAUCAGGAGCUGUUACUUUUCUUAUUCUAGAGGUUUUACGGUCAUAUCUGUAACGUGUUCCAAAAUGUAAUACACCAAAAGUGUUGUAAAUAGUGUGACUAGCAAAGUAAAGAAGCAGUCAGGAUUUAGAUCGAAGUCUUGCCGUGGUUUUGUAGAAUGACAACUUUAUGCUGAUCAUUGUUGUAAUUUUUUUGAUGGGUGAAAUGUGUACAGUGUGUCUGUGGGGCUUUAAAAUCGUAAUAUCUACAGUCUCCAAUAAUGAAAGGUUUCAAAAUCAGUACUUGUAUAUAGAAGGCGGAGGGGAAGCUAAAAGAUUCCUGUUACGUAGUGCAUGUAGUGAAUGAUUAGAAGAAUAGCUAGAAAAUUGUUUUGAUAUGAUGCGUAACAAAUGACAUUUUACAUGGGGUAACAUUGCUCCAAGGGAGCUUUUCAGAGAAAGGUUUGUCUAUUGUCUGUGUGUAUUUGCUUGGUCGAUAGCCUUGCUAAACUGUUCUACUAGUGGACUAAAGAAAAUAGGCUGUUUCACAUAUUAACCAAAGCCUCUGAAUUACAACAUCACUGGUAUGAUAUGUGUUGCCACCAAAUUUGGCACAAAUGUUUUUCCUGAAGGUUACAGAGGUGUAUUAUUGCUUACAGAGUGAUCUGGGUUCUGAAAUUGUGCCUGAAUCCAGAAUGGCUACAUGCCUAGUCUCUGAAAGGAGCACAUAUGUCUCUCCAAGUGUUCCUGAAGGAAUUGUUUUUAUUCUUUAAAAAAUUAGAAUUCCAGAAUGAUCAACGUUACUUAGGGGGGAAGGGGGUGUUGGCUUUUUCUUCAGAACUGCUUCUUGCUCUGAUGUUAUUCCCACUCAAUAAGAAUGCAGAAGUGGCAGAAGUUUUCUGUAAUGGCUGUAACACAGGUACAGGUGAUUAAUAUUAUGUUUGGUCACAGGCAACUGCAUCACUUGGGAUUGAAUUUACUAUCAAACUAUUAAUACGAUGCAGUUGCCUGUGUGUUUGGUUGCAUGCUCUGAUUGUUCCAUUUUAUUUCAGUUAGCAUUACUUGCACCCAUUACAUAUCUUGAAUGCAAAAGGAAGGUGAGCAUUGUGGUCGUGGGUCUCAUGAUUUUUUUCUCUCAGUAUAGUCACAAAUGCAAAAGUCAAAGAAUUAUCAUUUCUGUGCUGUUAGCGAUUUGAUAUAAUUUGUGUAUUGCUAUUCAGAUUCUAUGUAUAUGCAUUAUUUACAUUAUAUUCUUUUUUACGUACAUAUAUGUUUGUAUGGUUCAUAUUGUGUAAAAUAUUUAUUUUUCCAUUUGUAUGUAAGCCUAUAAAAUAGGUUAUAGUUACUUUUAAUCCUCAGCUGACUGUGGUACAGUAUCAUUUCAUUGUUAGUUUUGUUUUGCUCACAUUUAUGUCUGGUGCAACAUCUUAAUGUGUGGUGUACUUUAAAAUUACAAUUUCUUAUAAAUUAGAACUCAAAAUGAACAUCUGAUUUCAUAGAAUAGUUUGGAAAGUAACAUGUUUUUAAAGAAGAUUGAAUACAGAAAACAAUUUGUUAUAACCUAACUUCGUUAUAUCAGUCCAUUACAAUUUUCAAUAUUUUUCUUUCAUUGGGGAUUUAGAAUCACUUUGCAAUAAGCGUGAAAUCUUCGUCAUAAGUAUGUUUGUAUUAAGCAUAUCUUACUGUAUAUACAUGUGUAAUAUACAUGUGUAUAGGUGCGUGUAUUGCAGAGUUUCCAGUUUUCUUGAUUUUUAACUCACCUCAGUUUUAGGUUCAAGUAGAGUGAGUUUUUUUGGAGAAAUUAACUUUAUAUUAACUUUACAUUUUCUAUUUCUUCUCAACCACAGAUGCAACUUAAAUAAAACUUUGCAUAUUAUGCGUAGUGAAAUGAAGUGCCACACACAUCAGGAGGAGAUGAUUAGGAACAUGCAGCUGUCCUCCUCCUGUGGUGUACAGUCAUUUUUCUGUAUAUGAUGGCUUCUUGUUUCUUUAUAUGAUGGCCCCUGGGGUUAAGAUAAGGUUUGAAAGUCAUGUAUAGAUAAAGUCGUGUAAGCUGUACAAGGGAAACGCACUGGGCUACUCAUUCUCUGUUAUUUUAAGUCAAUUUUGUUCAAACUUUGUCUCCUGGUUAAUAUUUGAAUUAAUACAAGUUCAUUGAUUGUGAGACAUAGUCGUCCAAUGGCAAAUUAAACCACUAUUGCUAACUGAGCGAGGUGACUCAAUGUGAGCUUUGUAGUUCAUGGGUAUCUUGUCAUAAUGUUAACUUUAUCAUCAAAAUUACGUAGAUAUUUGAAAGACUGCCAAGCGUAACUGCUUUUACAAGUAAUGUGUAUGUUGAUUUGAUUAGCGGUAUAUAAUAUGUGUGUUUAAACCAGUCCUAUAGUAUACUGUUGUAGUAUUUUCCAAUUUUCCAUAGCAAUGGUUACUACAUGCGACCUGUUUCAGAGAACGCAGUCCUAUAGUGUACUUUUGUAUCGUUUUCCUGUUUUUCAAAGCAAUGGUUACUACAUGUAAUAUUAAGGUUGAUCGAUCCUCAUGUGAUGUCAUAGGAUUUUGCAAAAAUCUUAUUAAAUUAAACUUUGCGCAUGAUAGAAAUAUAUUUCUCUCAGGAAUUUUAUUCACUGGAUAUAAUAAAAAAUCUGGUAAACUAUAAAUACUGAAAAAGUUUAUAUUUCACAUAGAUAAUCAAUUAAUUAUGAUUAAAAAAAUGUUGUCAAGGGCAAUAACUCCUCUGCUGGAAUUUCCUCUACUGGAUGUCUAUUAUACAUUGGUUUCCCUAAUAUCCACAAUCAAUCUAUACAUAUUUAUGAAUUAGCCGUUUCUUAAAACUGUUGAUAUUUAAAUUUUGUCAUUUCAACAAGUUUUUAUCUAUUUCUAUUAUUCUGUUUAACGAAAAUGUGUGAUUUUCUUACAUUGAUGUGUACUUCUGUUUUUGUGUGUCUGACAUCUUUAAAAAGGUGGCAACAUAUACAUUUUCUUUGGUUAUUAAUUAAUGGGAAUAAAUAAAGUUUUUCCACUUUUAACCACUAAUAUUGAUAAGUCAUAUGAGGAUGGAGCUACCUUAAGGAACUGUUUUAAUACUAUGAAAAAUUGACCUUGUCUUUUAACAUCAAUAAAGGGAGGCUUGAAUUA